AUGAAGGGUCCAUAUGGUGGCAAGAAAAGAGAAGGUAAUACAACUCCUUCCAACGGCGCGAACCGAAAUGGUACUGGGAACCAUGCGGGGAGCGGCUUUUUUGAGACUGAAGAAACAACCAAGGCAUUUAAUGAUCGUUUAAACUAUUUGCUCGUCAAUAGUAUUGGGUCCGAAGCCGUAGUAACAGUCACCACGGGAGUCAAGUAUAAAGGGUUAUUGACGGCGUGCAACCCAGAUAGUGCAAACGGGAUUGAUGUGGUUCUCAAAAACGCCAAGGUCAUUGACAAGAACUUUGCAGUAGACCAAGUGACUGCCGAAUUGUCUGAAAAUCUAGUGAUCAAGGGCGAAGAUGUGGCCGAAUUAGGAUUGCCUAACGUUGAGUUUGGCAAUGAUGAGAGAAGCGGCUUUACAUUAGAGACAGCUAGCGAGACCAUAGAAGACAAGAAGCCAGAAGUUGACGUGAAGCCAGAGACAAAAGUCGAAACAUCAAAUGAAUCUCGCGCGACGCCUAAAGUGGAGCGGUCCGAGGAUUUCACAGUUGCUCCGGUUCGCACUACAUCUAACUCAGAGUUCAAGACGGAUACGGACAUUUCUGGAAACAAAACCGAGAUUAAAGAACGAAAACUACAAAAAUGGGUUCCAGAUGGUCAAGAAGCAUUUGAUAUCGACGAAGGCCUAGAAGAUAGUAAAGAAAGCUGGAACCAAUUUGCUGUUAACGAGGAAAAGUUCGGUAUCAAGUCAACGUUCGAUGAGCAUCUUUAUACCACUCGGAUCAACAAAAGUAAUCCAAACUACAAUCAACGUUUGAAGGAGGCCGACAAAAUUGCCAAAGAUAUUGAAUCGCAGGGAAGUUCAGGUAAUAUUCAUCUGGCUGAAGAGAGAGGUCUAGUGGUGGACGAUUCCGGUAUAGAUGAGGAAGACAAAUACUCUGGUGUCGAUCGGAGAGGGGACGAGCUACUUGCUCAAUUGAAGUUAAAUGCUAAAAGUAUGCCAACAAAGGCUAGAAAAUACGUGCCACCCACAUUGAGAAAUCAACCUCAUAAUAAUGAUCCUGCUAUUAUCUCGUCAAGAGCAGCAGGUGUUCCACCACCUAGUAACACGUCCAAACCACAGGAAACCGUCAGCAGUGAGAUCAAGCAACCAUCACAGCCGGCGCCCAAACGUAAUCAACUGGAUGAGUUGAAGGAGUUCUCCGAAAAGUUCAAAGUUCCUUACGAUAUGCCGGAAGAAGUCAAGUCAAUGUUCAAGAAAAGUAAUGAAAACUCACCUCAAAGUGCACAAGCCGCUUUGAAGCUCAACCCAUCACUACCACCCAAGCCGGUUAGCACGUCACCGGUAGGUGCAACUGCUGCUACGGGAACUUCGAGAAAUGGUAGAGCCUCUAGAGGAUCGACUCCUUCGAUCGGGAAAGCGGAUUUGAAAAAGGUGAGUGGACGAGUGGUUCAAGGACAAACACCUAUUUCUUCGCCUUCGUCUGGUAGACACUCUAAUAUUCCAAGAAGACGCAACAUCAGCCAAGGGUCGUUUUUGGGUUCUAAAGGACCCCAGGCUUGCAAGAAGGAUUUUGCAAGUAGCUUUAAUAUGUUCCUCAAGGGCAAAGAAACGUUUGAGGAGGUCAAGAAACCGGGAAUGGUGUUUGUGAUUGAAAAGCCAUAUUUUACAGCCCCAACGUGGAUGAGUACGGUGGAACAGUCGUACAAAGCAUUGUUCCCGGAUGAACGUAGUGCAAUGCAACGGUCCCAGAUGAGGAUGCAGCAACGCAAUAUGAAUGGGAUGCCGAACGCAGCAGCGGGUAGCCCGCAAAUGAUGGGAAUGCCUGGUAUGAUGAUGGGGGUUCCUAUGGGUCCUAAUAAUUCCCACAACCCGUAUAUGAUGGCGCCAAAUGGCGGCAACAACAUGGGAGGUAUGUAUAUGCCCUUCCAGCCUCCGGGAUUCUAUCCGCCGGUAAUGCAAAUGAUGGGGAUGGGAGAGGACCGCGGCGCGGCUAGUCCACCGGCCAAUGUCGGGUCGCCGUUCAAUUAUACGCAAGCAAUGCAGUUCCAACCCAUGAUGGGAUCUGGGACUUACAGGCCGGAUUUUCACAACCGACACCGAGUCGGGAGAGGGGAACGAGACGCAAGCACGCAACGCUAG